AUGGAAGACACAAACGAGAGCAAGCAGGAUGAUGAGGUGUCUGAAGUAUAUUCUCCGAAGCAGCACAUUGUCAGAGUGUGGAAUGUGUUCAUUUCUUUAACGUGCUUGGCAGCUGUAACGCUGUGUCUGUAUGAGCUGUUUUUUAACUCGACCGUCCAAGGGAUCAUCUUCAUAAGAUACUGUCUUGAUGUGAGCUUCAUCUUAAACAUCAUCUCGCGCUUCUACAUUGGACACGAAGAUCAUGGGGUGGUCAUAAUAGACCCCAAGAGGGUCCGCAAAAAAUACUUUCAGACUUGGUUUUUGUUGGACUUCUUGUCUGUUUUGCCACUCGAAACAUUGAAAAUGGCCUUCUCUGACCUGACGUUCAUGCAAGCAAAUAGAUGUCUGAGAGUGUUCAGGUUGUUUGGUUUAAUAUCCUCAUUCAACAGGGAGCCAGACAUCAACAAAGUUUAUGUUACAGCUCUUCAUUGUUUCUCCAUUGUUUCUACCAAUGUGACAAGAAUCUCAGAUGUGGAGUACUAUACUGCAUCAUUGUACUGGGCAGCUAUCACACUUUGUGCCAUAGGAUUUGGGGAUGUGCAUGCUACAUAUUUGGAAGAGGUCACUGCUGCAUCAUUUGUGAUGGUUCUUGGACUGCUUUCCUUUGGAAUCAUCAUGACCAAUAUGAGCUCAUUGAUAAGCAACAUGGAUGCACAAAGAGGAAAAUUCUACCACAGAAUGGAAACUGUUCAUCAUUAUGUGAAACAUAUGGGAUUACCAGAGGACAUCCAGACGUGGGUUCACGCGUAUUAUUAUGGUCUAUGGACGCAUCAGAAGGGCCGGGUCAUUGCAGGACUGAUGGAUGAUCUCCCGUUUGUGCUGCAUUCGGAUGUUCUGAGUUGUUAUUAUAAACCUCUGAUAGAAAAAGCUAAGUUAUUCAGAGAAACCGAAAGUGGGUUUAAAAGGGCAUUGUCGUUGAAAUGUAACACCUACACAUACAGCCCUGGACAAAUUCUGGCUGAAAUUGGAGAAGUUUAUCCAAAUCUGUAUUACAUUAAACAUGGACUUGUGCAGAUUUAUGGAGAAGAUCCUGGUGAUAGGAUUGCCACUCUACUGCCUGGUUUAUUGUUUGGAGAGGCUCAUUUGCUGUACAGCAUUCCCAGAAAUGCUACCAUAUGUGCAUUGACAUUGAGUGAAAUUUCUGUUUUGGAACGAAAAGAUUUGCUUUCUCUCUUUGCUGACUACCCUGAAACCGGUGUUAAGAUUGGCAAAGCUAUAAAUGAGCGUCUUGAAAAUUUCACGUAUCCGCUACGAGAAGCGUUUGCAUACGGACUUGCUUUGCGUCCACAAAAUGUAGUAUUUCAAAAAGACCUGAGCGUCAACCUUCAGUCUUUUUGGAAGAGAACUAUUCACCCUGAUCAGGCUUUUGCCAAAAAGUGGGAGAUCUUCUUUUUCUUCUGCAUCACUCUUUCGGUUUUUCUGGAGACCUGGGUGCUGUUUUUCACCAACAAUACAUACACUAUGGGACUUUACAGUGAAAGCUGGGGUGCACUUUACCUCGCAGUCGGUGCUCUGAUUGAUAUCGCUGCUGCGUUUGACAUACUCGUGACUCUUCGGACUGAAGUUCUAACUGAAGAUGGAUAUGUGAUCAGUUUAUCAGUGAUAUUUAAAGCAUAUCAAAGAUCUCGGAACCUGUAUUAUGAUGUCCUUGCUAUUUUACCCCUGGAUUUAAUUUCUUUUGCCUACACUGGUGCUAAACAUUGGACAAUGUUAGGCUCAUUAAGAGCAAAUAGACUUAUUUGGCUUCGUAAGAUUUAUCUGUAUUUCUGCAAAAAGGAAAGUGACAUAUAUAAGAACCUGUUUGUACAAAGGACAGCAAAAUGCAUCUUUCUCCUCACUUUCUUUGUGCACUUUUGUGCUGGCGUCUUGUACCUCUCAGCAUGCUCUGAAGUAAAGUGUCUUGAGGAUUCAUGGGCAGGGAAUGCUGGACUUAAUUCUAGUCAGAAUAACUUGUAUCACUAUAUAUAUGCUACAUAUUGGACAAUUGCAAUAAUGACAAGUGUAGGAUAUGGUGACAUUUUGCCUAGUUCUCCAUUAGAACAAAUGCUGGCUGUAAUUGUUGGUCUUACUGGCUUACUGAUCUUUAACUACAUUAUUAGCCAGAUUAUUGCCACUAUAUCUGGUGAAAAUGCUAAGAGGGUAAGUUUCCAGAAUCUUCUUUCGGCAAUGCGUCACUUCAUGGAGCGUCACGACCUCACUGUAUCCCAAGAAAACCGAGUGAUGGAAUAUAUGAAACAUCUGUGGUCUAAAUACCAAGGUGAGGCGUACCCAAGAGGGCCCUUUAUUAUGCGGGACUUGCCAGCUGAACUUAAGAGGACUGUUCUCAUGGCAGAAAGAGGAGAACUUCUAUCAAAGAUUCCUUACUUUGUAGAAGCGGGACAUUCAUUCAUACAGGAACUUGCUUCAAUCUCAGCUAUGUACUUCUUUCCUAAAGGAGAAAUAGUCCAGUACAGUAACACUAUCACAAGAGAGCUCUUUUGUAUUCGGAGAGGAAUGUGUCAGAUUUUGAGUGACGACCUUUCAGAAAUUGUUGGUCGCUAUCGGAAGAGGAUGUAUUUUGGAGAGGCAGGAUUUCUGUUCGCAAAACCUGCCAUGUUGACAGUGCGCACGAUGACUUGCUGUGAAAUUUUAUCUAUCGAUUUUGAAAAGGUCAGAGUAGUUCUAGAGAAGUAUCCUGUGCUAAAAUGGCAAAUGGAAGAACUUCAAGCGAAUUCCGAAUACCACAUGACCUUGAAAAUGACCGUGGAGAACAAAAUGAAGAGGCAAAGGAGAACUGAAGAAGAUGAAGCUGAUGCUGUACACAAGAGAAAGAAAGUCCUGUUGACAUUUCACGGCCGUAGAUAUUGCAAGAAGUCAAAAUGCUAUGUUGAGGACUUUGGAAACAUUCCAAUCUAUGCUGGAUCAGAGGAAGAAACAGCUGCUGAAAAAUACCAGAAAUUUCAGAACAAACGAUUAGGACCACGGAGGCCAAAAAGUUUAAAGGAAAACAUUCUUCAUUUUAUCUUAUGGUCUUGCCCAUCAGUUUUCUUAAUGAAGAAUGCCAUUGUGCCCAGCAGUACAAUUUAUGUAAAAUGGGUGAUUUUUCGGAUCGUACUAGCCAUCGCAGUCAGCGUCAUAUCCUCUUUGCUUUUCGCGUUUUUACACUACAAAAUCGAGCUGUGGAUCGCUUGUUACGCACUCGGAGUGCUUUGUUGGAUAGACAUAUACAUCUGCAUGCAUGUUGCUUUCUACCAAGACAACGAUCUUCAAGUCGACCCGCUGGAAAUAACGCAUCACUACAUCAAAACCAGCUUUCUUGUGGAUUUCAUAACCUGCUUUCCCUGGGAAAUUGUGGGUUGGCUGGUGGUUUCACCCAUCAGUGAAAAUGGCUUUUAUGCCAAUAAUGAAGCAUUGCAUCUGUACGCAUACCUGAGGAUCCCUCACGUUUUCCAGUUAUACCGCGUGCCUCUUGCAUUUUCAUACCUGCAGGAAGAUAUUACUAGAGAAAAGAACAUCAUCACUUUCCUGAAGUUGUUGUUAUACUGUGUUCUUUUUAUACACUUCAGCACUUGCAUUAUGUUUGCAAGCGUUUGCCCUGCGCAAGAUCUUCACGGCUAUGAGCACAGUUAUUUUUUACCGAUGAUAAAGCACAACUGUACACCGUCGUCUUGGGUGUCACACUUGAACAACUCAUUUGAUGUUGACUAUGACACAGUUACUUUCCCACAGUUGUAUUUAGUGAGCUUUUACUUUGCCACCACAACAAUGUGUAGCAUUGGAUUUGGAGACAUCUAUCCUCAUGAAACUUUAUCGAAAACCAUCACGAUCUUUGUCAUUAUUGCUGCAAUGCUGUUUUGGGGCUGGUUAUCCGGCACUAUCACCGCCAUGCUGGCCAACACAGAUGCUGUCAGAUCUGCUUAUACAAAGAGAACCGAGAGCAUGAAAUUAUUCUUAAAGAGCCACAAUAUAACUGGGCCUUUAUAUGAGAGUGUCGCUCGGUUUUACACUUUCCGAUGGAUACGCACAAAAGGAAUUGAUCAGGACAAACUGUUUGAGUAUUUGCCCACUUCACUAGUUGGUGAUAUAUCAACAAUUCUUUAUGCAGAUUUUAUAGCAAAGGUGUUUGGUCUGAAUAUCCAGAGGGAGGAAAGACAAGAAUCUGAGACACAUGUGUUGUCUUCUCUCAACAUCAAAAGAGCAGGAAAACUCAACAAGCCAUUUUUUGAGAUGAUGUUGACAAAGGAUUGCAGGGAGGACCUAGAAACUGAUGGAUGCUUCAUUCGCCUGUUAGCCAGAAAAAUUUACCCGUCCCUUUACAGAGCCAAUGAUUACAUAUGCAAGAGAAAUGACUUUGGAGAUGAGAUGUACUAUAUCGAAAAGGGAGAAGUGGAUGUGUUGUCUAACAAUGAAUUAACAGUGGUUGUCAAAUUAAAAGCUGGACAGUAUUUUGGUGAGAGAAAUUUGCUGUUGGGAGAACCAAGAGCUGCCUCACUAAGAGCGGCAACAAACUGCGAUUUAUAUGUUUUAUCAAAGAAAAGUCUUGAUGAAACAUUCCAGUAUUACCCAGCCAUCUACAAGCAAUUACAAAGAGCAAGUGCGAUGAUGAAAGAGCAGUUACACAAGGAGGAUCGUUGCGUGAAAAUGUCCAAAAAGCCUAAAUCUGCAGUAGAGGUGGUUUUCCUCAGACAGACUGGAUAUUUUAAAUGGCAUAGCGAGUGUAUGGCUGAGGCAGAGCAAACGGCUCUGGACAGCACUCGGUGGACAGCAGUCAAAGAAAUCUUCAUGAGUCUUUUCAUCCUCUUGAAAAGAAUACACAAUAAAACCAUUGACCCCGAGAACACUUUACGACUGGCCUAUCAGUAUAUUUCAUGUCUCCUGAUCACCGUCCUUUUCUGGGCAAUAACAUACAUGCACUCUGUGUCUGACGUUGACUGGUAUAUCUUCCUGCUAGCACUGAUUAUUGAAUCCAUUAUGAUGAUUGAGGUCAUCCUGAAGUUUCACAUGUGUUAUUAUGAUGAUAGCGGAGCAUACAUUUCAGACUACGAAUUGACAUCCCAGAGCUACUUGAAGAGCAAAGUGGGAUUCGUCUUCGAUGUGGUCUGCUCCCUUCCAUACAGCAUGCUAUUUUUGCACCCAAUGUUCAGCAAAGAGCUGUCUACGUUCCUCUCCGUGAUUGUUUAUGCUCGCAUGGCUCACUUACCUCGGCUCAUUACACUGUUAGUGUUCAUGUGGAAGGAGGAAGAAUUAAUAACAUCCAAUCUGUUGUGGAUUAGAAUCAUCAAGUACUUUGUACACGCAGUUCUCUUUGUGCACUGCGGGGCAGUGUUGUGCAUUUUAUUUGUUAGGAUGUAUGGCAUGCUGUCAUGGGUUGGUGCGACAGAAAUUUACUUCUUCCCUGAAAUGUAUAGAUAUGCUUUCUACUGGGUGAUCCAAAUCUACACAACGACGGGUUACGGUGAUUUAGUCGCAAAAACCUUUGGGGAAAUGAUCUUGUGUAUUAUGAUAAUGAUCCUGUCAAAAAUGCAAGUCGUUUUUAUCAUGGGACAUCUCACAUCUACGCAAACAAACAAGAGGGUUCUCCAGGAAGCCUAUGAAGAAAAGCUAGAGACUAUUAAGACAUACAUGAAGCAGGAGAGAAUCCCAACCGCCAUACAAAAGCGUGUGAUGGAGUUCUAUAGUUAUCGAUGGAAUCGCACCAGCGGGACAGACGCUGAAGACUUGUUUAGAGACAUCCACACCUGUUUGAAAAUGGAGAUUUUGUCAAGCAUCUGUUCUGAUACUUUGAGAAAACAUCAGCUGUUCAGCAACUACCCCGGUCCAUUUAUAAGAGAACUUUGCACACGUAUGAUCAUCAGAUGUUUUCCUAUUGGGGAAUUCAUUUACAGAAAGGGAGACGUUGGCACUGGAAUGUAUUUAAUAAUAAUUGGCAAGGUGAAGAUGUGCGCAGACUCGAGAGGAUCAAAGAUCAUUCAGCGUCUCUGUGCGGGAACAACUUUUGGGCAUCAGUUUUUAAUAAAACGCACCCACUUCAAAGACACUGCCAUAGCAGAAAACUAUGUAGAUGUCGCUAUACUGUCCAAAGAAUCUUUUGAAGCUGUGGGUUUGUUAUAUCCAAGCGUUAUGAGGAAGCUCCUAAAGGAAGCCUCUAGUCUUCUAACGGUCUAG